AUGUAAUCUGUGUGUACAAUGUCGAGCCUAAGAAGAAGAACCACAGGAUCAUCAAAGAAAGAACACCCACAUUAUCUAUCGAGUCAUAUAGAUGUUCGUAGACAAAGCACCUGUCCAAGUUUCUUGAGUAAAGCGUCAUCUAUUGUUAAUGAGGAUGAAGAAGAAAACGUGGAAUCAGACGUCUUAUAUCCUCAAUACAGGGCCAGUAAAGAUGAUAAUGUUGAUAUAGAAGCAUUCAAUCGCAUGGUUCAACAACAUAAUAGAAAGUUAUCCAGUGGAACUUUACAGCUAUCGAGGACUCUUAGUAAACAGAAUCAGCUCUAUGGACCAUCAAGAUAUACAGAUAUUCAUAUUCCACCCUCAGGAACAAGAUUUAAGAUAUAUUCCUCCAAGAAGGAUACCCAUACAUCGACAAAUUUAGAUCAAUUAUUAUCAGAAGAAGGUCAAAAUGCCUUACGAUUAGUUGUAAACACCAAAGGUUGGUGGCUGGAUGUUUUAUGUCCGACAACAGAAGAAAUGACUAUCAUUAGCAAGACGUUCCACAUUCAUCCUUUAACAGCCGAAGAUAUUCAAGCACAAGAGCCUCGUGAAAAGGUUGAACUUUUUCCAAACUAUACACUGGUUUGCUUCAGAGCGUUUGAUAUAGAUGCGGAAACAGAGAAGAUCAUACCUUAUAACUUUUAUUCUCUUAUAUUUAAAGAGGGCUUGCUUACUUUUCAUUAUAGAGAAAGUGGCCAUUAUGACACAGUGAUAAAAAGAUCAGAUCAACUGAGAGAAUACAUGUCGAUCACACCAGAUUGGCUAAACUAUGCACUUGUUGACGCAGUCACUGACAGUUUUGCCCCGAUUAUCCUUCAAGUAGAGAUGGAAGCAGUAUCAAUUGAUGAACUAUCCUUGAUGCUAAAGAAAUCAGAACAAGCAGAUAUGUUGAGACGUAUUAGUCGAUGUAGAAAACGAUCAACGCAACUGUCUAGAUUGCUUACUUCCAAGCUUGAUUUUAUCAAAAGCCUAAUGAAAAGGUACGAGGAUAAAUCUCGAGAAUUUUUAUUACUUGAACAACAACAUGCUACAAAGUAUAUACCACAACAAAAGCAAGCAACAGAUGAUUCUGCGAAUCCACCAGCUAUAGUUAUACCAUUACCGGGUACAAUCAAUAAUCUAGUUGAAGAAAAGAAGGCUUUUAAUGAUGUAUUGCUAUACUUGGGAGAUAUUCAAGAUCAUAUUGUCACAAUGCUUCAAAAUAUCACUCAUUAUGAUCGCAUUCUUCAUAGAGCUCAUACAAAUUAUUUGGCUCAAGUAAAUUUGGAAUUGACUCAAACGUAUAAUUUGACCAAUAAUGUGAUGAACAGAUUGACGUUCCUGACUACUGUCUUUGUCCCUUUAUCCCUCAUAAGUGGUUUAUGGGGAAUGAAUGUAAAGGUGCCUGGUAAAGAUUAUGGGGAUCUCAUAUACUUCUUUUGGAUCUUGGGUGGAAUGGCACUUUACUGUGCUGGCUGUAUUCUAUUUGGAAAAAGAGUAGGGAUGUUGUAAUAUAUAUUAGACGUAAUAAAUAAAAGAGAGCAUUAGCAUCUUACCAAAAGUGUAUCUUGAGUAGGGCCAGCGAUAACUGAACUGGAGGAAGAGAAGAGCAAGAAAGAGAG